AGGUGAUAAGGUGGUCUUGAGAUGUCCACUACGCGGAAAUGUGACCAUGAUAUCAUGGAUGUUUCUGAACGAUAAAAGAAUAGUGGCUCUCAAAUGUGGAUCGAAUGAAGUGCUUUGGUCCUUGAAGAACCACACCAGAAGAACAAUAGCAAAUACAGCAUGUAACACGUUAGAUAAGGAAAUGAGACUCCAAAUACAGCCUGUGAUUCUUGAUGAUGAUGGCGAUUAUAGCUGUGAAAUUAUAGACGAAUAUGGUAUUCACAAAGUAACCUUCACCUUGUCAGUCAUGGUUCCUCCCACUGUAUCUUUAAUCAUUGACAAACUAAAUGGCACAAUGAUGGCUACGUGCAUUGCUGCAAGUGGGAAACCAGCCUCCAAAAUUACUUGGCACCCACAUAAUAGAGGAAACUCCUCAGUAAAUAAGAGCAUUAACGGAAACAAAACCAUAACUGUACAAAGCAAGUAUAGUAUUACCACCCACCUCCUCAACAAGCAGAUAACCUGCAGUGUGAGCCACCCUGCAUUUAAUGGAAUACAAAACUACACCAUUUCACAGAGCAACCCAAAUCCAAGCAAUGUGGGAGUAUCGUCGAUGUUUGCAUUAUAUUCAUGCCUCGUUAGUGGUGUUGUUGUCGGCCUCCUGUGCUUCCUUAUCAUAGUGUAUUUUAAGCAUCUACAAAAGCAAACUUUAUUCAGGAGUAGGUCUGAGUCCAUACAGGAUGCACCUCAAUCAAAUGGACCUUUUGUACAGAUGGAAAACUUCAUUUAUGACACACUCCAGCCAGAACAAUUGAGGCAGCCGUGAAAGUAUUAUGCUCACUUAU